AUGGCCGCCACCGGUGUGCCAGCUCCUCCUAGGAAGCGCAGAAUUGGUGUUAUGACCAGCGGAGGCGACUCCCCUGGCAUGAACGGUGCUGUGCGAGCUGUUGUUCGAAUGUCUAUUCACAUGGGCUGCGAGUCCUAUGCGAUCUAUGAAGGCUACGAAGGGUUGGUCCAAGGUGGAGAUCUAAUCAAAGAGAUGCACUGGGAAGAUGUGAGAGGAUACUUGUCUCGAGGGGGAACGCUCAUUGGCACUGCAAGGUGCAUGCCGUUUAUGGAGAGAUGGGGUCGUUUGAAAGCUGCCAAGAAUAUGGUCGAGCGAGGCAUUGAUGCCCUGGUCAUCUGCGGUGGUGACGGUAGCUUAACUGGCGCUGACAAAUUCAGAGCAGAAUGGCCGAGUCUUCUCAAAGAGCUGGUGGAAACUGGGGAGCUGACCCAGGGAGAAGUUGAUCCCUACCAGCACCUGAAUAUUGUUGGUCUAGUUGGCUCCAUUGACAACGACAUGUCUGGCACCGAUGCCACCAUUGGAUGUUACUCCUCACUCGAGCGGAUCUGCUCAGCGGUCGACGACGUUUUCGACACCGCCGCUUCCCAUCAACGCGGGUUUGUUAUCGAAGUCAUGGGCCGCCAUUGUGGCUGGCUGGCACUUAUGGCUUCUAUAGCCACAGGGGCCGACUACGUGUUCAUUCCAGAGAAACCUCCCCGUGUCGGUUGGGAAGAUCAGAUGUGUGAUAUCAUCGCUACUCACAGACGGAGAGGCAAGAGAAGGUCAAUUGUGAUCAUUGCAGAGGGUGCGCACGACCGGGAAUUAAACAGGAUCACCGCGAAUCAAGUCAAAGAUCUUCUAACCCAAAAGCUCAAGCUAGACACACGCGUCACCGUUCUUGGACACACACAACGAGGUGGCCAUGCAUGUUUCUAUGACCGUUGGCUGUCGACACUACAAGGCGUGGAAGCGGUGAAAGCUGUUCUAGAUGCUACACCAGACACACCCAGUCCGGUCAUAACUAUCCGAGAGAACAAGAUUGAGCGGUCCAAUCUGAUGGAAACAGUGGCCUUGACCAAGUCGGUCAGUACUGCUAUCGCGGCUAAAGACUUUGACAAGGCCAUGCAACUUCGAGACGUCGAAUUCAAGGAGUAUUACAACAGUUAUAUUAUCACUACUUCCACUGACCACCCUGCCCUACGCCUCCCUAAAGAGAAGAGGCUGAGAAUCGCAAUCAUCCACGUCGGAGCUCCGGCCGGGGGUAUGAACCCAGCAACCCGCGCUGCUGUUGCAUACUGUUUGACCCGAGGCCAUACUCCGAUCGCGAUACACAAUGGCUUCCCAGGUCUACAACGCCACCAUGACGACAAGCCGCUUGGGUCCGUCCGUGAGUGCAAGUGGCUCGAUGUGGACCCUUGGGUUAACGAGGGUGGCUCUGAGAUUGGCACCAACCGUGGUCUACCAAGCGCGGAUAUGAAGAAAACCGCAGAAUGUUUCGAGCUGUACAAAUUUGACGCACUGUUUCUCAUUGGCGGGUUUGAAGCUUUUACGGCAGCAAGUGAGUUGAGAAAGGCACGAGACCAAUAUGACGUCUUCAAGAUCCCUCUGGUUGUGCUGCCGGCGACCGUGUCAAACAACGUCCCAGGUACUGAAUAUUCCAUCGGCAGCGACACAUGCUUGAAUACACUGAUCCAAUUCUGCGACGCCAUUCGGCAAUCUGCUUCGUCUUCGAGACGGCGGGUAUUCGUCAUAGAGACUCAAGGCGGCCGAUCGGGCUAUCUGGCCACGAUGGCAGGCCUCUCGGUUGGUGCACUUGCGGUAUACAUCCCCGAAGAGGGGAUCAAUAUUCACAUGAUUGCCAGGGACAUCGAGUUCCUGCGCGAGAACUUCAAGAAUGAUCAAGGGGCAUCGAGAGCAGGUAAAAUCAUUCUUCGAAAUGAGAGGGCUAGCACCACAUACACGACACAAGUCAUUGCCGAUAUGAUCAAAGAGGAAGCUCGAGGUCGGUUCGAAUCUCGAGCAGCCGUACCUGGCCAUUAUCAGCAGGGUGGCAAGCCUUCGCCUAUGGAUCGAAUCCGUGCCCUCCGAAUGGCUAUCAAGUGUAUGCAGCAUAUCGAAGACCGAUUCACCGGCAAGUCAAGGGACUGGAUCGCAAAUGAUCCGUUGUCGGCAGCAGUUAUUGGUAUUCAAGGAUCUGAAGUUGUCUUCACCCCGAUGGGGGGCGCAACAGGACUCGAGGCCACAGGAACCGAUUGGGUGGAUAGAAGACCUCGGGAUGAAUUCUGGCUAUCUAUGAAGGAGACGGUGGAUAUCCUCAGUGGGCGACCUAAGCUAUCGGACUGCUGUGAGGAGUGUGGGAAGCCGUUGUCUGGUGAGACUCUGAAACGUACUUUGUCGAAGCAGGUCUAA